AUCACAGAAGUAGAGGGAAAGAUCUACAGUGAAGCCAAAGAGUGCCUGAAUUUGCUCUCCCACAGACUUGGGAACUUCCACUUCUUCUUUGGAGACACGCCUACAAGCCUGGACGCCUUUGUUUUUGGCCAUAUCGCCCCUCUUAUUAAAGCCCCUAUUCCCAGUGGCCAGCUUCAGAAGCACCUGAACCAACUUGAUAACCUCUGCCAGUUCUGCAACACCAUCCUUAAAAACUACUUUACCGACGCCUCUGCUGAGAAGAGAAUGGACUGCUCUCCGACGGCUACCCAUGAUCCUGUCGAUGCAAACCUCCAGAAACUGACACAACUUGUUAACAAAGAGUCCAACCUUAUUGAAAAGGUCUUGGCAAGAUCUGCUGAUUCACUUCUGAAUUUAAUGUCACUAGAAAUUGCAGUUACAUGUUUAAAAGUAUGUGGACACUGUUUUUUCACAAUGUAUUGAAAUGUAUUUGUUCCUAUUCAGAAUUCCA